AGCUCUCCCGUUGGGUUAAAUCCCAAACGCAUCCCUCCUGCCUUAUUAGAGUUAUGAGCUGUGACCCGUGUGGAAUCAUGGUCUGUACACUAUAUAUAAGUAUAGUGCACUACAUGUCCAUCGCGGUAGAGGUUUAGAAUGAAUCUGUGUGAAUAAUGGGAGGUAAAAUCUGCGCUUCCUGGGGCUUCCUGUGCGCGGGAGCAGAGCGCUCGAGCAUUAACGCGCGCGUGUGUGCGCGCGAGGGAGCGUUUGUGUGUAUGUGUGUACGUGAAAAAAGAGCCGUUAAAAAAGAUGUAAAAGAUGGCGGAGCUACAGAUGCUCCUGGAGGAAGAAAUUCCUGCCGGACGGAGAGCUUUGCUGGACAGUUUCACCAACCUCGAAAGAGUCGCCGAAUACUGCGAAAGUAAUUACGUUCAGUCCCCAGAUAAACACAGAGCACUAGAGGAAACAAAAAACUACACAACUCAGUCUCUGGCAAGUGUCGCUUACCUGAUCAACACACUUGCUAAUAAUGUGCUGCAGAUGCUGGAUAUCCAGGCGUCACAGCUACGCCGCAUGGAGUCCUCCAUCAACCACAUCUCACAGACAGUGGAUAUACACAAGGAGAAGGUAGCAAGAAGAGAGAUUGGCAUCCUGACGACCAAUAAAAACACGGCUCGAACCCACAAAAUUAUUGCGCCAGCCAAUCCUGAGCGACCAGUGCGUUAUAUACGGAAACCUAUCGACUACAAUGUACUGGAUGAUAUUGGCCAUGGAGUAAAGGUUGGAAGUCAGAGCCUGAAGAUGGGAGGACUUCCUCGGACCACUCCUCCUACACAAAAACCUCCUAGCCCUCCAAUGCCUGGAAAAGGAACCCUGGGGAGACACUCCCCCUAUAGGACACUGGAGCCAGUGCGUCCUCCUGUGGUUCCUAAUGACUAUGUCCCCAGCCCGACACGCAACAUGGCACCUGGGCAGCAGCAAAGUCCGGUGCGCACUGCGUCACUGAACCAGAGAAACCGCACGUAUAGUGGGAGCAGUGGAGGCAGCCAUCCCAGCAGUCGAAGCAGCAGUCGAGAAAACAGUGGAAGUGGUAGUGUCGGAGUGCCGAUCGCUGUGCCCACUCCAUCUCCCCCUAAUGCAUUCCCAGCUUCUUUAGCUGGUGCCAGCAGCUGUUCUACUUCACUUACCUCCUCCCAGCCUUCUGCUGCCUGCUCUAAGUCUGCCCACACUCAGUCCUUAACCAACCUCCCUGCUCCUGCUGAGCUUUUCCCCAUGUUUCGCCCUACUGCUGAGGCUCUAGCUGAACCCCCUUCUUCUACUCUACCCAUUACACCUACUGCAACUACUGCCUCAUCUUCUGCCUCUCCCUCUGCCUCUUCCUCAUCUUCCUCCUCUACCUCCACUACCCCUGCACCAGGCACAGCCCCUCAGUUCUACAGUAUGAACAGACCUGUGCCUCGACAGAUCACGCCCCCUGUUGGUGGCUCGUUGCCAUACCGACGCCCACCCUCUGUCAGCAGUCAGUCCAAUAUGCCUGCCAGCCAGCAGAACGGAGGGCCCUGCUACAACCAGAACCAAGCCUCAGUGGCACCCCCUCCCCCCUCCAUCCUGCAGAUUACUCCUCAGCUCCCUCUCACAGGCUUUGUGGCUCGAGUUCAGGAGACCAUUUCAGAUGCUCCUCCUCCACCUCCUCCUACAGAGGAGAGUAUAUUUCAAGAUGCGCAGCCUCCUCCUGAUUAUGAAGAAGAGGAGUCCUCGGUGGUUGAGUACAGUGACCCGUAUGCUGAGGAAGAUCCACCUUGGGCUCCGUGUGCUUACUUAGAGAAAGUGGUGGCAAUCUAUGACUACACACAAGACAAAGAAGAUGAACUGUCAUUCCAGGAAGGUGCAAUCAUCUACGUUAUCAAAAAGAAUGAUGAUGGUUGGUAUGAGGGUGUGAUGAAUGGCAGUACUGGACUCUUCCCUGGUAACUACGUGGAGUCCAUCAUGCACUACACAGAGUGAAGCUUAAAACUGUGGUCUGCAUUAAAGCUAGCACACAUGGAGCUAGCUUCACACAGACAGCUGUUACAGCCGAUGGAUUAGAUCAAAUGUUCACACGGGAGUGAUGGUCAUUUGCGACGAGAUCAAACUCCAGUGGUCAAAAUUAAAGCACUCUGUGUUAGCUUUUCACCACAGACCGAGGGGGAAGAUAUGCAAUAUUAUAAUAAAUCAUACUAACAGUAAAAUCCUGUUACUCUUAUGGUGGAUGAAGGAUUUGCAGCACAACCACUAUUUUUAUGUGUUUGACUAAGAAGAAAAGAUAUGAAGUAGUUUUGUGUUUAAGGAAGAGAUUUAUAUUCUAAAAAUGCCAGUGCAAAAGAAACCUCUCUCUAUUUUUGCAGAAAUUGCAUAUUUCAUUCUCAACAAAUGUCUUGAAAGUAGAACCAUAGGGAUUACAUAGGCCUUAUUAAAAAGUGUUUAUAAGGGGAAAAUGCAGCAUCCAUAAUCACUAGGGGAGCAGUUAAAAAAUGUUGAAGGAGCGACAGAAUGUUCAAGCAUAAAUAAUGCAGGGGAAAGUCAGAAGAUCCCUUUAUGCAUUUGUAAAUUGCUUGAAAUGUGUGUUCUAAUGGAUUUAAUUGUUUAACUGGGACUCGUAAGCUGAUAGGAGUUUGUCCUCACAUAAUUAACUCCCUGAUCUGCCAUUUGGAGUAACUAGACUUUUAGGUAAUAUUUCAACCCAGGGUAUAGGGGACGAAGGUUUAAUUUGAACAGCAUUUUCUAUAAAAAAAGUUAACAUUUUACUUAAUGUUCUUGUAAUAACAAAGUAGUAAUAAUGUUUAGAGGAGUAACAAUGGAAACAAAUAUUCCUAAUUUACAGUAAGGUGCUCUCCUAGCCUAAGGGGAGUGAAAUUAUUAAACACUUGCAGGCUUAAAUAUUCCCCCCCUCUGGACAGUGUUACAAUUACAGAUUCAGACAGAUUACACUUAAACAUCUCGGGAGCAAAUCAUUACCAGCACCGUGGUAAGAAAUUGGGAAACCCUAAAGUAUUUAGUAUGGUAGAGUUCAACACAUUUUCCUUUUUUUUUUCUUUUUAUUAUAUAUAUGUGUAUUAUUUAGUGACACUAACAAACUAGCUAAGUUGAGUUUUGAUAUGAUGUGUAGUGCUACAUAAAUUGCAUGUUCAAUAAAACAGAUAAUAUUUUUAACUUAAUAUUCUUUUUUUUCCUUUACCUUUUCAUUUAAUUAUAAAAGUUAAUUUCUCAGCAAUAGUUUAUGCUCUUGCUAAAAAUUUCCAAAGUGUGAUUUUUGCAGUCUGGUGCCAGUGAAGAGUGCUUAUGUAUACACAGUUGUGUAUAUAAAUUUUCAUAAUUUUUUUUGUGCCAUAUUGUAACAUUGAAAUGCUUAUAUAAUGCCUGACAAUUCUGCUCACCAUCGAACUUCAUCCAAGACUUAGCUGAUUCAAAAUUUAGCUGAUGUUCAGCUCUGGAUUACAGCAGGGAUGAGUAAUGUUUCACACAUCAUGAUGUUCAGAUUGUGUAUUAAUAGGAAAGAAUGUGUAAGCUUAAGGUUUAGGAGCAAUAAAAUGGCAGCACAGUUCUAUUCCUUGUAAGGACCUGCAAUAAUACCUGUAGAAAGGUUGUGUUUAAAAAGGUUAAGUUUUUAUUUGAUUGGUAUUAAAAGCACAUAGUUUUGUGGAUGGGAUAAAAGCUGCUGUGUUUAUGCAAGCAGGCAUAUUUAUAUUUGAGAUGGGAGAGUUACUGUCUCUAAACCGAAGACCAAGUGAAAUUAAGACCAAGACUCACUUUAGUUCUGCAGUUUCCAAAGAUUGAUUAAUAAAUAAAUAGUUUUGCAUCGAAUGCAGGUAUAUGAACAACAGUGUAUAUAGAAAAAUAUAUAGUUCUAUUUCCAUAUGUGUGAGAAUACAACUGUAAUGUAGUGCUGCAGUUUUCCCUCUACAGUGUGCUUUGAAGUAAACUAAUUUGCAUUAAUGUGCAUGCUGCUGUUCUGUGCAUUUGUUCAAAUUUGAUUAAUUGUGCUGUUCUAGGACCUUUGUCACUCUUUACUUGGCCAGCAGUCAAUUUGCUCUGAAGUGAAAAAACAUGAACACACAAGUGUGAAAAAUUUCAGAAACAUCACUGUACACAAGAUUAUAAAAUGGGACCACUUAAGGUUAUAGCUCACCCUUGGUGGCAUCAUCCUGACCAAAUAGGAAACAAGAACAAAGGCAUGAGAAUAAAUUGUAUGAUAAUAAAACGAUUUGAUAUG